AUGCUCAAUAAUCGGUAUAAAAACGGCCUCAAUUCUACACCGAAAAGUAGAUUAGUGGACAAGAAGGGCCCCUUUCUCAACGAGCGGAAUUUGGCCCUUUUGGGUCUAGUGUUUUCGUUGACGGUGAUUUCCUCCAAGAUUUUCUACGAGAAUUCUGAAACCCUACAAAAACUAUUCUUCGAAAGAAAACUAAUCACCCACCAAGUGAUAACCAAAAAUGGACAAAUAAUGUUCACAAACACGUGGGAAACUGCUGUCCGGUACAGCAGCAUGUGGCUGCCCCUUUUCUGUGGCGUUUUCGCCACGUUUUUCACUUGGAUGUGCGUCAAGUUUGACUCGUACGAGCCCGGAAUCAACCCGCCCAGUCCUUUGUCUCCUAAGAAGUACAGAGAAGAAUCUGGACACACAUUUCACAUAAACUACUUAUUUUCAGUCCUAGUGGGGCUUCUAUCCACUAGCUACAUGUACUAUAAAGGCAUAUCGAUUCAGUAUUAA